AUGUCACUUAUGAACUACUCUGCUUCGAGCACCUUUUCAACUGAACCUGAUACUACAAUCACAACAGAACCUACUACCAUUACAGCCACAUCUAAUCAAGAUAAUAGCACUACAACACCACCAAUCAUCACCACUACUGACAACCCUAAUGAUUGGUGGAAUACACAACCAUUAGCCGAGAUAUGCGGUCGCGGCGGUAGUCACAGACGUAUAGUAGGGGGCCGGGAGGUGACACCCGGUUCAUACCCCUGGAUGGUUGGACUAAAACUGAAAGGCAAUUUGGGUGUGUUUUGUGGGGGCACCCUAAUCGAUAAACAGUACGUACUGACAGCAGCACAUUGUUUCUGGAGAUACGGGGAGUGGACUAAAAACGCCUCCGACAUAGUCAUAAGGGUAGGCGCUCACGACCUACGAUCCACUGAACCCGAGGCCAGGGAUCUGAGUGUGGCGUCCAUACGGAUACCCAAAAACUACACCAAAGCCUCCAAAGGUCUCGAUAUAGCGGUUAUUAAACUGGAAAAUAGGGUUGAGUUUAGCCGACGCCUACACCCCAUAUGUCUGCCCCCGGGUAACAGUGCCGACGACUACGCGGGUCGGGUGGGUAUGUUGACCGGUUGGGGUGAUACGAAAGAGGGCGGGAAUAGUAGCCCUGUGCUGAUGGGGGUGGACGUCCAGGUGUGGAAUAACAGUGCCUGCGAUGAGAGUCUGGAGGAGUUUGACGUGAUAUCAAGUAUGAUAUGCGCCGGUGAUAGGGCUGGCGGUAAGAAUAGUUGUCAGGGAGACUCAGGCGGGCCGUUGAUGGUAAAAUCCGAGAAUGGUAGGUGGGUGCUCAUUGGGAUCGUGUCAACUGGCCAGGGAUGUGCUCGACCUAAUAACCCUGGUAUUAAUACACGUGUCAGCGAUUAUAUCGAUUGGAUUCCCACACAAAUGAGUUAG